GUGCGGGGCUGUGAUUGGCCGGGACGCGCGCCGGCGGGAUGGCGGCCGCGGGGGUGGCGGCGGGGCUGGGGAGCAGCGACUUCUCGGACCUGCGGGAGAUCAAGAAGCAGCUGCUGAGCGUGGCGGAGCGGAGCCGUGAGCGCGGUCUGCAGCACAGCGGGAAGUGGGCCUCCGAGCUGGCCUUUGCCUUGGACCCGCUGCCGCUGAGUGAGCUGCCGCCGCCCCCCGCGCUCACGGAGGAGGAUGCUCGUGAUCUGGAUGCCUACACGUUAGCCAAGUCUUACUUUGAUCUAAAGGAAUAUGAAAGGGCUGCCUAUUUUCUACGGGGCUGCAAGAGUCAGAAAGCUUACUUCUUGUAUAUGUACUCUCGAUACCUGUCAGGGGAAAAGAAGAAGGAUGAUGAGACAGUGGAUAGUUUGGGACCUCUGGAAAAAGGACAGGUGAAAAAUGAAGCUCUAAGAGAAUUGAGAGUUGAGCUCAGCAAGAAACACAAGGCACGGGAACUGGAUGGAUUUGGCCUUUAUUUAUACGGUGUCGUACUGCGGAAGCUGGACCUGGUGAAAGAAGCAAUAGAUGUUUUUGUUGAAGCUGCCCAUGUCUUACCUUUGCAUUGGGGAGCCUGGCUGGAACUUUGCAACUUGAUUACAGAUAAAGAGAUGUUGAAGUUCCUGUCCUUGCCAGAUACGUGGAUGAAAGAGUUCUUUCUUGCACACAUUUACACAGAGCUGCAGUUGAUAGAGGAGGCUCUGCAGAAGUAUCAGAGUCUCAUUGAUGCAGGAUUUUCCAAAAGCACUUACAUCAUCUCUCAGAUUGCAGUUGCCUACCACAAUAUCCGAGAUAUUGACAAAGCUUUAUCCAUCUUUAACGAGCUAAGGAAACAAGAUCCUUACAGGAUAGAAAACAUGGACACUUUCUCCAACUUGCUAUAUGUAAGGAGCAUGAAGCCUGAGUUGAGCUACCUGGCUCACAAUCUCUGUGAGAUAGACAAGUAUCGUGUUGAGACCUGCUGUGUAAUUGGGAAUUAUUAUAGCUUGCGUUCCCAGCAUGAAAAAGCGGCGCUCUAUUUCCAGAGGGCCUUGAAACUGAAUCCUCGUUACCUGGGAGCCUGGACACUCAUGGGACAUGAGUAUAUGGAAAUGAAGAACACAUCUGCAGCUAUCCAGGCUUAUAGACAUGCAAUAGAGGUGAACAAAAGAGACUACAGAGCAUGGUAUGGCUUGGGGCAAACCUAUGAAAUCCUCAAAAUGCCUUUUUACUGCCUCUAUUACUAUCGACGGGCCCACCAGCUCAGACCAAAUGAUUCUCGUAUGCUGGUUGCUCUAGGAGAAUGCUAUGAGAAGCUCAAUCAGUUGGUGGAAGCUAAAAAGUGCUACUGGAGAGCUUAUGCUGUGGGAGAUGUGGAGAAAAUGGCACUGGUGAAACUAGCAAAGCUGCACGAACAGCUGAAUGAAUCUGAACAGGCAGCUCAGUGCUAUAUCAAAUACAUCCAGGAUAUCUAUUCCUGUGGGGAGAUAGUGGAGCACCUGGAGGUCAGCACUGCCUUCCGUUACCUAGCCCAGUACUACUUCAAGUGUAAGCUCUGGGAUGAAGCCUCAGCGUGUGCUCAGAAAUGCUGUGCAUUCAAUGAUACUAGAGAAGAAGGAAAGGCCCUGCUGCGGCAGAUCUUACAGCUUCGCAACCAAGGAGAAACAUCAUCCACGGAUAUUGCCGCUCCCUUUUUUCUCCCCGCAUCAUUGUCUGCCAACAACACUCCCACGCGUCGUGUCUCCCCACUCAACUUGUCUUCUGUAACACCGUGAACAAUGCUGAUACUUCUAACCCGUGCGUUGAAUGUGACAUUGCAGAUGGGGCUUGCAACCACUUAUUUCUUUCCAGUGAAAUUUCUACAUUCAUUGUUGCCUUCACUUGAAGGGUAGGAGUUACUAGAGCCCGCAGCUGAAGACAGAUGUGCCUCAACAGGCAAAGGUGCAGCCUACGUGAAAGUGCCUAUGCUGAGAUGUGAGAACCUGCUGUACUUCUUACCAAGUCAUUCCAUGCAGAGGGCAGAUGUGUUCCAGAAUACGGGACUACUCCAACUGAGGGAUUGGGAAGAGCUUGUGUGCUUGAGAUAAAAUGUAAUUGAAGUUUGAUUCUGCCCUGUUACCUCUGGUCUUUACUGAACUUCUUUGGAUGAACUCUUAGUGGUACCGUUGCUGUCUACAUCAGAAACUGUUACUUGCCUGGCUACGUAAGGAUUGUUGCUUGUCUUGAACUAAACAGAAGAUGUUCCACUAAAGCAGUAGAAUAUAGGCACUUAGAUAUAGGUGCCACGUCUAUGUUGAAGGACUGAGAAGGGUCAGAGGAAUUCCAAGUAGCCACAAGUGACAGCUGUUUGCCUUUCUGUCUGUGGAUCUGACAGAUACUUUGGCUUUCAGCAGAAAAGCAGCUGGUGGGAUAGCACAAUUAAAAAACUAAUGGUUAAGGUACUGUCCUUGGGCUUCUUUAUGGUGCAGCUUUCACAUGUACUAUAGCAAAUGAAAUGGGAUGAACUAUAAUAGAUCAUUUUGUUAAGGAUUGCCACAUCUCGUGGACAGUAUGGUACAUGGGAUGCCUCCCCUGUGGGGCUGCUGCUGCUUCUCCCUGUUCACCCAUCCAGCCAACAGUAAGACUAAGUGUGAAUUUUAGAGAUGCACACGUGUGCCUAUGUAUACAGACAUGACCAGAAAUUAACAGAUUAACAUAAACAAGAGGACAGUGCCCUUAGAUGCACUUGCUGAAAACAGAAACCGUAGAAGUGGCAUGAUCCUGUUCCUACUUGCUUAAAGUUUGCUAGUGGAACAUAUAAUUCAAGUACAUGUUCCCAUUCUCUGGUCUCUCCAGUCUCUGCCCAUGACCUUGAGUCUCUUCUAUAUCCAUGACUAGAUCUUGGGUAUCUUGUUCAGUCUCAACCCUGGACCUAGGGUAUUUACAGAUUCUGGGUUUCAUUGCUGGCUAGUCCCAGUUAGGGUUGCUGUUGGAACACUCACGUAUGUAUACAAACAGUAAGGAUUGCAGUGACAGAGAAACGGGCAGCAAUAGUGUUUAAUAAAGGUGUAGAACACACUAAGGUGAUGAGUUGUAAGUCUCAGCCAGACAAAGGUGAAUGAUCAGCAGCCUACUUGUGUGCAGUUGGUGGCUCUUCUGCCUUCCCCUGUCUGUCAACUCUCACUCCCCACCCCCCCAUUUUCCCAUGCUUGUUCCUCCCUGACCCAUCUUCACCGCCUCCCUUGGGGUCUGUGGUCGUUCCCCGAGACAUCCUAUGAUACGUUUUAAGUGGUCCUGCGAUCCCCUUCAGGCAUCUUAAAAUAAAUUUGUUCUUGCCUGUGAGACCUUUCCUGAUAAUUAACCAUAGUCUUAUUGGUUACAAAGCUCCUGGCUGAAUCUCCAGAGUUGCACUUGGGUGGUUCCUUUAAUGGCCCAUCAACCUGUGUGUUAGAGCUCUGCUCUUGGUUAUCUGCUGUCAGGUGCUGCUUUUAUCACCUGUCCUGUUCAUUGUCUUGUCUUUUACAUCGAAUAGCUGUUAACCAGAUUUCCUUAGACAUGUAUCUAGCUCACAAUUUCACUGAGGCCAUGAACGAUGGAGGUUAAUAACGUUGGUGACUUUGACUCGAAUCGUCUUGCUUGUUGACAGUGCCCUUCAGACAAAGGCAGUGUUAUGUUUGGGCUUCAUCCGCCUGUGAGGAAUAUGAUUUUGUUUUGAGCAGUGACCUGUGAAGAACAACCAACAGUUUGGGAUGUCUGUUUGACCUAUGACCUCAGAUGACUUCAGCCAAAGUCUCUGUGCUGUUCAGUUACAACUUGUAAGCUUGAUACAACCUGGAGGUCUUUUAAAAAGUACUUAAGGUUUGUAUACAUUUUGGGUUAUGAAUUAUGAAUAACCAACUAUGAAUACAUUCAUGUGUUAUAGAUAAUCUGCGAUUACAGAUAAUCUGCAGAUGUUUAUGCUAAACUAUUUUGCUAGCAGUAUAAACCAGCAGGGGAGUGUGGAGGAGCAUCAUAAACGUUCCUUUUUUGGAAAUACUAUGAUGUUUCUGAGUAGGGAGGGAAAAUCCCUGAUUUAUUCCCCCAGGACUCCUGUGCACGUCUGCUACCGUGGGUCAGAGGAAGGCAUGCGCUGGGCUCUUUAUCCACCUCUGAUUACAUGACACCCCUCCUGGGAGACCUCCCAGCUCCUAUCCACCUUGCUGCCGGCAGAGAGCUGGUAAGCAUGUUACUUCUGAGGCUGCUGAAUGCUGGAAUUUUUCUGUUACUACAGCAGUGAGCAGAGGACCAUGCAAUAGUAUGUUUGAAGGAUGCUGACAAGAGGUGGUUGAAGGCUGCGUGUGCUGAACUACGUGCUCAGGUGCUGCCCACCGCGGCCUCUCUUGCAUUACUUAAAGCCUUACCUUCUAAUCUAAUUAUCAAAAAUAGCUAAUAGUAAAGAUUAAAUAUCUAUGUAAGUAUUUGUUUGCCCGAGCAUUACAUUAUUCACACAAAUGAAUACAGGUAUUGUAUGAAGCACAGCCAUGUUGCAGUCAUAAGGAAAGCAUCCUGUCUGCUGAGAGCAAAUAAGGGAAGAAGGAAACUAAGCAACUACUCAGGACUUAUGCAUAUGUUCAUCACCAUGAUUUCUGUAUUUGAUCACAUCUACUAACAUGUAUGGCUCAGUGAUGAGACUUUAGGUUAGUAAUUUAUUUGCUUGUUUAGAAAAUUAGUAUUUUGUCAGAAAAGAAAUAUUUUUAAUUCCGAGAGCAGUUGAAAUGUUUUCAAACCAGGAGUGCUGCCAUUUUCUCCCAUCUGUAUUUCCUUAAUAAAUUGAAGCAUUUCUUUA